CCCGACACGACCUGUGAUGAAUUCGGUCUAACGCUACCAGAUGUUCACAUGUCAUUUCGAAUUUAGGAGAGAUCUGACAUGCAUGCUCAUCCCUUCUUCUAGCAUCCGCGUAUCUUUGAACAGCGAGGUGAAGGACAGCCGCCGCGCUCCCUCCGCCCUCCAUCACCCUCCGCUAUUGGCCAGCGCGCGCCGGGUUCAUUAUUUCUGUCUCUCGGAUGUGAGAGACUCGCCGCGCUCCCGCUCACUCGCACGCACUACGCGCGGAAGAGAGAGAUGCCACCGCGUUCCCCCGAAUGAGAUUCACGCGAAGUCGCGGACAAUCGCAGAACUUCAGGUUUAUCGCAACGGGAGGGACCUGUUAAUAAAACCGAGGAAAGCGAUGGCACAUGCAUGAGACCGUCCGAGCGGCUCCCCGGUUUAGUUGGGGACGCAGGCGAGCAGCGCAACGACGAUGGGACGCUUUGGGAAGAAGGCACGGUACACUUGCUUUGGCUUUCUCACAGUCCUCGUUCUCCUGAUGCCCAGUGCGAUGGCUCGAGGGUCACGUGAUGGUCUGUCUGCGAUGUCUGGAACACUGCCUCACUUCCUGCAGGAGCCUGAUGAUGCGUACAUUGUCAAGAGCAACCCCAUCAAGUUACGUUGCCGCGCACGACCCGCCCUCCAGAUCUUCUUUAAAUGCAACGGGGAGUGGGUGCAUCAGAACCAACACACAUCAUUGGAGCAUACGGAGCUGGGAACAGGGCUGAAGAUCCGUGAAGUGAUGAUAAAUGUGUCCAGACAACAGGUGGAGGACUUUCAUGGACCAGAGGACUUUUGGUGUCUGUGUGUAGCAUGGAGUCACUUGGGUACGUCCAAGAGUCGGAGAGCCACUGUCCGUAUUGCCUACCUGAGGAAGAAUUUUGAACAGGAGCCGCAGGGGUUGGAGGUGCCAAUCAACGGCAUGAUCGUUCUCCACUGCCGCCCACCAGAGGGAGUGCCUGCAGCUGAGGUGCAGUGGCUGAAGAACGAAGAACCGGUAAGUUCUCUAGACGAUGUCAACAUUGACACUCGAGCUGACCAUAAUUUGAUCAUCAAUGAAGCAAGGCUCUCCCACUCCGGAAACUACACCUGUUUGGCCAGCAAUGUCGUUGCUAGAAGACGUAGCGCAACUGCAUCUGUCAUUGUGUUUGUGAAUGGUGGGUGGUCAUCCUGGACUGACUGGUCAGAAUGUAACACUCGCUGUGGGAGAGGAGUUCAGAAGAGAACACGGACCUGCACUAACCCUGCACCGCUGAACGGAGGAGCUUUCUGUGAGGGAAUGUCUGUUCAGAAGAGCAGUUGUACCUCUCCCUGCCCAGUGGAUGGUGGCUGGGCAGAGUGGACCGAGUGGUCGGCAUGUAGCUCUGAAUGUGACAGACAGCGAACCAGGGAGUGUACGGACCCGGAGCCCAAACAUGGAGGUAGACUGUGCGACGGAGCCGCCCUAGAUACAGAUAACUGCACCGGAGACCUCUGCAUUCAAGAUAGGAAGCUGCUCCACGAUGUGAAGGUUCCUCAAGCUGAUAUGGAGACCAAUAAUGACGUGGCCCUGUACUCUGGUCUGGCUGCCGGUGUGGUUACUGUGGUCAUACUGGUCAUUGCAGUAAUGCUGUACAGGCGAAACCAAAGCGAGUACGGCGUUGAUGUUAUCGACUCGUCUGCGCUGACCGGAGGAUUCCAGUCUUUCAGCUUUAAAAGUGCCAGGCAAGGCAACCCUCUGUUAAUGAACUCAUCCAUGCAGCCCGAUCUGACCGUAUCACGGACUUACACAGGCCCCAUUUGUUUUCCCGACUCCAUGGAGAAGGAGCUUAUCCCCGAACCGGCACUGUUUGACCCUCUCCCUGACCUCAAGGUCAAAGUUCACAGCUCCUUCAUGGUGUCCCUGGGUGUGUCAGAGAGGGCGGAGUACCAUGCAAAAGCCCCUUCCCAAACUUUUCCUCGUGGCGUGGUACAGGAGGUCGGAGGAGGAGGUGGUACGCUGGGCGGGAGGGGGAGGAGUCAGCUCGCUCCCGCCCAGCCAGCGCUGAUCACCAGUAUGUCAAGCGGCAAACGACCACUCAGGGCCAGCGGGGUGUUCGGGCACGGCGGAGGGCGACUGGUGGUGCCUAAUACAGGUGUGAGUUUGCUGGUGCCACAGGGCGCGAUCGAAGAGGACACAACCUGGGAACUGUACAUAAGCAUUAGCCAGCAGGACUCCAGUUCUUUGUCUGAUGAAGGUCAGGAAAUUCUGCUGAGUCCAGAGGUAACAUAUGGCCCACCUGGCCUGAGCCUUUCCUGUCCUGCUGCUCUGACGAUAGCCCACUGUGCAGAUGUGAGUUCAGAAGACUGGAGUAUUAAGCUUAAGAGACAGACCCAGGACAACAGCUGGGAGGAGGUGAUGGCUGUGGAUUCAGAGAGCACCUGUUGUUACUGCCUGUUGGACACUCAGUGCUGCCACCUGUUGGUGGAGAGAGCAGGGUGUUAUGCUUUAGUUGGAGAGGCUCUCACACAGGCAGCUGGGAAGAGAAUCCGACUGGCUGCGUUUGGAAACAUGGAGCCAAACUUUCUCAACUAUAGCAUUCGAGUGUACUGUGUGGACGACACGCCCCACUCCUUUCAGGAGGUGGUAUCAGUGGAGCGAGGCCGAGGUGGCCGCCUCCUGGAGGAACCCAAGACCCUGCUCUUCAGAGCGAACUCUUUUAGUCUGCAGGUCUCCAUCCAGGACAUCCCACAGUUCCUCUGGAGCAUCAAACCUUUCACCACCUGCCAGGAAUUCACGUUCUCUCAGGUGUGGUGUAGUAACCAGACUCCUCUGCAGUGUGCCUUUUCUCUGGAGCGCUACAGUCCAGCAGCCAAUCAGCUCUCCUGUAAGAUCAGUGUUCGGCAGGUCAAAGGUCAUGAGCAGAUCCUACAAGUCUACACCACCAUUGCCGAGAGUGAAAAAGACACAGUGCCAUUCUUCACACAGUCAGACUGUACCAUCACCUCCCAGACGGGGUCCAGGGCCUUUAAAAUCCCCCUGUCCAUACGGCAGCGGAUCUGUGCCACGUUUGACACGGCCAACGCCAAGGGCAAAGACUGGCAGCUUUUAGCACAGAAACUGCACAUAGACAGGAAUCUGGGUUAUUUCGCAUGCCAGGCGAGCCCAUCUGCUGUUAUUCUGAGUUUAUGGGAAGCCCAGCAUCAGGACAGAGGCGAUCUGGACUCUUUGGCCAGCGCUUUGGAGGAAAUCGGUAAAGUUCACUCCAAACACUCAACCAGCGUGGACACUCUGGACCGGAUCAGCAAAACUACUGACCCUACCAUAAACCGCAGCAAUGAGGAACUAAACACGGACCACACCUAAAAACUUUAUCCUUUGGAAACGAGGAGCUCAUUGCUGAGAGGAGAGGGUGUAUCGUAGGGAGAGGGGAGGUUGCCCCACCCUUUCAAACGGUUGCUCCUCCCCCUUUUUGACUGACAAAACAGGGUGUUACAAAUGGGACGUGACCAAAUAGACAAGCUACAGUGAUGCACAGAAACUUUCUCACACGCACAUAUCCACACAAUAUUCUUAUAAGUUACUCAUAAAUGCAUCAGAACAAACUAAAAACGUACACUAAGCCUAAUUUUGCAGCUAAAGAUUGUGGGUGUGCUUCGCGAUAUUAUUGGUUCGGUAGAGAUUAAAUGAAUGAGGCUUAGUUAGCACCCUAAGUCUUGACUUGCUUGGGCAUCUUGAACUGUGUGACCAGACCGGGCUGCCUCGAAUGUGUUGUCGUUGUUGUGGGACACUUUUUUGCAUCUUUCUGUUUAAAUACCAAAACGGUUGUCUGCAUUUCUGAGAUACUUUCUGAUUGCAAUUAGAUUAAAAAGAGAAAAAUCUGCUGUACUAUUGUUUACCAUUCAAGCCUGGAUAGCUACUCAAAGAUAAGCAAACAACAAAAAUGACUUACCUAUCAAAAGAUGAGAAAAAACACAUUAAAAAAUGCUUUCAGAAAGUGUGAAUUGAGGUAUAAUAGAAAAUGAUUAUAAAGUAUCUCAACAUGACAAAUGAUGGACAACUGUGUGUCAUAGAUUUUAAAUCCGAAGUCCUUUAUUGCAAAACUCUGCGAAAUCAAUCAAUCAAUCAUAUUUUGACAGUAACCUGUGGUGGUUUCAUGUGAUAUCACCUGCCCAUGGGUAAUUUUUCACCUUUUUGUAGAUUUUGUUUUAUCUGAAUACAUCCAGUACCCGAUUUUGACCUCAUGCUGUCCACAAGGGAUUAAAACUGACAAAACACCUUUUUUUAAAACGCACAAUAUGCUAAUAUGUUCAUACACAGACAUACAUAAUAAAAGGCAUUAUGUAAAA